AUGGACAACCUCGCUGCCGAGCUUGCAGAAUACCUCGUAGCUAGAUUAAAAGAAAUCGAUGAUUAUUCUCGGUUACUUGUCGGUAUCUCUGGUAUUCCCGCAAGUGGAAAAUCUACAUUGGCCAAGCUGGUUGUUGCCAAGUGCAAUCUUCUGUUUAACAAACCAGACUCGCAGGGCUCGCAUACACCACCUGCGAUUUUGAUAGGGCUUGAUGGCUGGCAUCUUACUCGCGCACAACUGGAUGCGUUCCCCGAUCCAAAGCUCGCACAUGACCGACGUGGUGCACAUUGGACUUUCGACGGUGAAGCAUAUGCAAAGUUCGUCGCUGCAAUACGUGUGCCCAUACAAUCUGGCUCUGAACGUGCCAUCACUGCGCCGACGUUCGACCACGCUGUAAAGGACCCAGAGCCCGAUGCAGUGAUGGUCCUCCCUGAUCAUCGCCUUAUAGUCAUCGAAGGACUGUACGCCUUCCUUUCCAUUGAUCCAUGGAGAGUCGCUGGGGAGAUGUUAGACGAACGAUGGUUCAUUACAAUCAAUAUUGACGAGGCAACGAAGAGACUGGUGAAAAGACAUGUGAUAACGGGCGUUGCAAAAGACAUGGAAGAAGCGAUUUGGAGGGCUGAAAACAAUGAUAUGCCGAAUGGGCUGCUUAUCAUAGAGAACAUGCUUGAACCUACGCGACGAAUACCAAGCCCAGAUGAUCCAACAUUUGUUGAUGCAAUAGAGCAUGAGCCAGAAUAA